AUGAGUGGCCGCACCAUUGAGCGAUUCCCACCCGUCCCCGUGCAAGACGCAGAACGCUUCUCUAGAGACCCGAGAGUUCCCUUCAUUCCUCCUGAGCUCGCGCAAGCACCAGUCCCCAGACACCGAAUCAACGCGUUCAAUGACCAGCCUCUGCCUUAUCAGCAUCAUCAACCUGUGCACACCUGGAUUCCAGGCCUCCCGGGACUGGUCAAUACCGGCCGGCCCACCAUGAUCCCGCCCAACACAAUGAUGGCCACUCCCCCUGCUGUGUAUGCGCAACCAAGACCUGUCAUGACCGGGCGUCCCGUCAUGAAUCCGGCUCAUGCAAUGAUCAAUAGUCCCCCUCCUGGUUAUGCGCAGCAAGAGCCUUUCAUGGGGCCCCAUCCUGCCAUGAAUCCAACUCAAGCAAUGAUGACUACUCCUCCUAUUCUUGCGCAGCGGAUGAGGGAGCAAGUUGACCAGUACAAGAUGAUUCUGCAUGACAUUCGCAGGGCAAGCGGACGACUGGAAUUCGAACCACCUCGUUUCACGCCUCACCCAAGCUUCACGGAUUCGCCACCUCCAGAGAUAUACUCGCCGUCCUCAGAGGGAAAGAGUCCCAAGGAUGUGAUGUUCGCCGCAUCGACUCCAACCUCGAAGCUUCGUGGGGACGCGCCUGAGUUUGUCCCUGGUAAACCAUAUGAGGGUAAAAACCAGAAACCAAAGACAGAGCGGGGAUGGAUGAUCGUUUCUAGCACGUAG